GCACGGAUGAAGGCGGUCCGGCAUUAUCAUGAAUACAUUUCGUGCGGUUAAAAGGGCCCCGCCAUUUCCAAUCUGAUCCAUCCCACUCUUUUCCUUCCUCACCACCACUAUCAUCAUGGCCUCCUCUUUUCCUAUUGACCUCACCAAAUUCAACAGAAUCGCUUUGGACCCGUCCAAGCCCCAGCUUUCUGAAGAUGAGAAGGCGGCGUUGAAGUCUAACAUUCAAUUGCUACGCGAUGCUAUCGUACUCUUUACGGCCACUGGUGCAGCUCGUGGCGUUAGCGGACACACAGGUGGCGCCUACGAUACCGUCCCGGAGGUCUGCAUUCUCCUCGCGUUAUUCAACCGUUCGGACACCUAUGUCCCUAUAGUAUUCGACGAGGCGGGCCACCGUGUUGCUACUCAAUACAUUCUCUCAGUCUUGGAGGGUGCAUUGCCAGCUGAGCAGCUUCUACAUUACCGAGAAGCCAACUCCAAGCUCCCCGGUCACCCUGAGCUCGGCCUCACUCCGGGAGUAAAGUUCUCUUCAGGACGUCUGGGCCACAUGUGGCCUCUCGUCAACGGUGUUGCUCUCGCGAACAAGGACAAGACCGUUUUCUGUUUGGGUUCUGAUGGUUCGCAGCAAGAAGGCAACGACGCAGAGGCUGCCCGACUUGCCGUUGCUCAAGGCUUGAAUGUCAAGCUGCUCAUUGAUGACAACGACGUCACUAUCGCCGGUCACCCCUCCGAUUAUCUUAAAGGCUACGACGUUACCAAGGUGCUCGAGGGGCACGGUCUCAAGGUAAUUACUGUUCAAGGGGAAGACAUUGAUUCUUUGUGGAGCGCGAUCAGCUCCAUCGUCACCACUCCUGGACCCGCCGCUGUCAUCUCUAAGCGCGUCAUGGCUCCAGGUAUUGCCGACAUCGAAGGCAGCAGCCAUGGACACGACGUCAUUCCCGUCAAAAGUGCUAUCAAGUACCUCGAGUCCAGGGGAUACACCACCUUUGGUGACAUCCUACUCAACAUCAAGGGUGUUCCUCAGCCAUUUUCUUACAUUGGGUCGACGAAGGAGACUGGUGCCAACCGAGCCAUUUUUGGUGACGCUGUCAAUCUUGUUCUCGAUGGUCUUAGCAAGGAGGAGGCAGCGAAGAAAGUCAUGGUCAUUGACAGCGACUUGGAGGGAUCAACUGGCUUGAAGGUUAUCCACCAGAAGCACCCCGAGGUCUUCAUCCCAUCCGGUAUCAUGGAACGCGGGAACUUCUCUGCUGCUGCCGGGUUUGGAUUCGACCAUGAUAAAUUUGGCGUCUUUUCGACCUUCUCAGCGUUCCUCGAGAUGCUGGUCUCUGAAAUUACCAUGGCUCGGCUGAACCACUGCAAUGUUCUGUGUCAUUUCUCCCACUCUGGUGUCGAUGAAAUGGCUGACAACACGUGCCACUUUGGAAUUAACUCCCUCUUCGCUGACAACGGCUUAUCAGAUGUCGAAUCCUUCCUUUACUUCCCCGCAGACCCGGCACAGAUGAUCGCUGUCGUGAAGCGCGUCUUCUUCGAGCGCGGUCUUCGAUUCAUCUUCUCCACUCGGUCCAAAGUUCCGUAUAUCCUCAAAGAGGAUGGCAAGACCAAGUACUUCGGCGACAGCUACGAAUUCGUCCCGGGAAAGGACGAAGUCAUCAUCGAAGGUAAAGCCGGAUACGUCGUCUCGUUUGGUGAGAUGCUCUACCGAUCCUACGACGCCGUGCUGCGCUGCCGGCAGCGGGGUAUUGAUGUAGGUUUGAUCAAUAAACCCACUCUUAGCUCAGUGGAUGAAGAAGUCAUCAAGAAGGUUGGAUCGAGUCCGUUCGUACUCGUUGUAGAAUCCUUCAACCAGAAAACUGGGCUUGGGUCCAAGUUUGGAACGUGGCUUCUCGAACGUGGGCUGGCGCCCAAGUAUGCCUACCUGGGAACGACCAAAGAGGGUUGCGGUGGUCUUUGGGAGCAAAUUCCCUACCAGGGUCUUGAUUCGGAGUCGAUUGCCGCAAAGAUUGCGCUCUUAGUCCAAUAGACGGCGUCGUAGAUAACGAGUGUGUAAGAUUUGAGAAAUAGAGAGCUGAACAGGAUGCAUGUAUGGACAGCCAAAAUAGACCUUUUCAUCCUGCUUUUCUGUGUGUUUUCCUCACUGAACCAUAUUCUAGGUAACGAGAAAACGGAGGUCUCGUACAUCUUCGUUUUACUGAUGAGGUCGUAGUAACUGGUGAAUGACAAUCUGCGCAUUAGUCCAACUUUCGAUCAUCGCACCGUACGACCAUGAAAAUACAGGUGCUUGCUGCACUUCUUUCCCACAAAGCCGGUCCCAAGACUCAAUUUGAUGACAAAGAAUAGACGGCGAGUCUCAAGACAGUCUGAUUACAAAGGACAGAAGAUAUAGGUACUGCUGACCAGCGCUCUGUGACAAAAA